AUGUCUGCGCCGUCCUCCUCUUCUGAGCGUCCACCGGCGUACAAUCGAGAGUACAAGACGGUUCAAAUGCAUGUGCAGGAUGUCAAGGCGAACGAGGAGACGAGAACUGAGGCGGAACCUCCUUCACAUGUCGGCAACCCAGACUACGGCGGCAAGUACGGCCAGCAAGAAGCGGAGCGUCACGAGCUCGUCAAGGAGUAG